AUGUCUGGCCUGGCGUUGCCUGGCGCGGCAUCCACAUGGGACGUUCCUGAUGAGGCCUACGCCUUCCUCACGCCCUACGUACAGCCCUCCGAUGAUUUCAAGCAGCGUGUGCGAACAGCUUACAAGGAAGACCCUAAAUGGAACAUUGUCCUCAACGAGCUCCAAAGGGUGACACAGGACCCCGACCCUAUCAAGCCACGUCUACCCUACGAAACCGACGACGGCUUGCUGUAUUCAACGCAGGCCGACGGCGACCGGUGGCUGUGUAUUCCUGAGGCGAUCAAAGAUGAUAUCUUCGAAAUGGCACACGGUGACGGACACCUCGGUUUCCAUCGCGCCUGGCAGAAGAUGCGAGGCUUUGUCAUACACAAGGGAGCAAAAAAGCUCCCGGUGUAUAUCGGCCAGUGUGACGAGUGCAAGAAAAACGCAGUACAUCGUCACAAAACAUACGGAUCACUUCAGCCGAUUCUCGCGCCACCGAUCCCGUUUCAUACGCUGACAAUUGACUUUGUUACCAGCCUGUCACGCACGAAGAAGGGUUUCGAUGCGGUGGCAAUCUACACAUGUAAAUCCACAAAGCGUAUCGGCUCGACGCCCGGAAAGAAGACCCGGAGCGGUGAAGAAUGGGCUAUCGCGGUCCUCCGUGACCUCCAGAAGGGCAACUGGGGGAUCCCCGUGGUGUGGAUCUCCGACCGGGACAAGCGCUUUGUUCAAGGCUUCUGGAAAGGUAUAUCUACUGCCCUACGCACUAAGCUCCUAUACACGGCGGCGUAUAACCCACAGGCGGACGGCCAAUCUGAACGUUCGAACCAAACAGGCGAAAUCUGGCUACGCCACUGGCAGAAUAUCCACCAGGAAGCGGAUUGGGACGAAGGUCUCGCGCCAAUGCAAGCCUCACUGAAUGCCUCAGUCAAUGUAUCCACUGGCGACUCACCACACAAGCUUAUGUUCGGUGUCGAUCUACGCAUGCCGUGGAAUCUCCUCCGUCAGGCUUUUGUCGGAUCUCCCCAAGCGAGCCGACAGGACGCCGACGAAUGUGCCAAGUACGCGGCUAUGUGGAUAAAGAAUCAAUACGAUAGCCGUCACAGGCCUAUCUUUUUCCAGAAGAAUGACUUCGUAUACUUACGUCUUGCGCAAGGGACUGAGCCGGGUUAUGUAUGGCCAUCGCGCAACAUCACAAGGAAACUUACCCAGCGACAUAUCAAGUGCCGUGUCAUUGAACGCGUCGGACGCCUGGCGUAUCGCUUACAGAUGCCGCCAGAGCUUGCUAGAGCUCACCCAGUGGUAUCAUUACAACACCUAGAACGUGCCCCUCAAGAAGGCGAUCUCUCUUCAGCUGAACCUCCCCCCACGUUCGACCCACGCUUCCCAGAAGACACAGAUCGUGCAGACGUAGACGCGGUCCUGGAUAUGCGACAGAGGCCGCGGACGGGGUCGAUGAAAGCAGUACCUAGUCCGGUGGUCCGGAGUGGGGAAUGA